AUGUCCUCGGCAUGUUCGGACAAUACUUCGCGAAAAUAUUUUCAUCGACGAUCUGAGAGAAGGGUCGAGGAUGCGAGGAAUAAGGCUCGAUCAGGUAAGUUGAAGGUUAUAUUCAUUGAUGGUUACAGAACUUAGCAAGUGUGGUUGGUCACCUCACCAAUAUGCGAGCAGUAACUAUAUAGAACGCCUAAAGAAUAUAAAGGUGGACAACAUUAGUCGAAUAAAUGCGGCAGAACUCACGAUAGAAGAGUUUAAAGAGAAAUACGAAAUACCGGGGGUCCCAGUUAUAUUAACUGGAGUUAUGAAAGACUGGCAAGCAAAUGAGAAGUGGGCUGUUGACGUAGGUAUUCGCAUGCUCUUUUCAAUUUCACGUUUAGAGACUCUACAAAAAGUAUCGGAAUCAAAAAUUCAAGUGUGGUGAAGAUGACGAUGGAUAUUCGGUUAAGUUGAAAAUGAAGUAUUACAUCGAUUACAUGACCUCAACAAUGGACGAUAGCCCUCUUUACAUUUUUGACAGUGGAUUUGGUGACAGGAAGAAGACGGAUUCUAUACUAAAAGACUACGAAGUUCCCGAAUUCUUCAAGGAUGAUCUAUUCAGAUAUUCCAGUGAAAAAAGGAGACCCCCUUACAGAUGGUUUGUAAUGGGGCCAGAAAGGUCAGGGACGUCUAUUCACGUCGAUCCUUUGGGGACGAGUGCUUGGAAUGCCUUAGUGUCGGGAGAGAAGCGAUGGUGCCUGAUUCAUCCAUCGGCUCCCAGGACGUACGUGAAACCGAGAAAGGACGAGGUUGGGAAGCAUCCAGACGAAGCAGUUACUUGGUUCCGGACUGUGUAUCCACGAGUUUUCCACGACAAAUUGUAUCCAAGCAUAUUUGCUACCCAAAAAGCCGGUGAUGUGAUGUUUGUUCCAAGUGGAUGGUGGCAUGUUGUGAUAAAUACAGAUGUUACAGUAGCCAUCACCCAGAAUUUCUGUUCUUUGGUAAAUCUCCCUGAAGUCUGGCGUCAAACCAUCAAAGGAAGACCCCAGUUUGCAAAGCAUUGGUUAAGGUGUCUGAAGAAGGAACGUCCUGAGGUUGUUGACAUGAUAUCAAGAAUUGACACGCGCGAGGAUUGGAAUCAAGUGGCCGAGGAAAUGUCUUCAGAUUCGUCUAGCUCCAGUUCCUCAGAAUCAGAUUCGGAUUCCGAUGACUCUGGUGCUGAGACGGAAUCUAAUACACAGAGAAAAAGGUAAGAUUUUUGAAUGAUACUUGCGCAAUUAUAUACGCAUUCCAUAGCUUGAUUAUUUUUUAGGCCUCAUACGAGUAAUGGGGAUGGGAACAAAAAUAACUCAGACAUGAAUGUGGAACCCUGUCCGAGUAAAUUAAGAAGAAGUCCUCAGAACUAA